AUGCAAUCUGCGGCAUUGCGAUCGCCAGUCCCUUCGCGAAGCCUCUUGCGAUUCUUGCGCUCGCAGUCUGAGAUCGCAUUUUUCAACUACAACUGCAGCAAUGUGUGUCGAAGCCGAGCGACGAACGGAGCCCCCGGCCAGCGAGCCUUGAGAGCGCAUUCGACCAAUCUCGGCGCCAGUUCCAGCGAGCCGACUUUAUAUACCGAGCUUGAGUCGUCGAUUUUUAGCCUGGGGCAGCUACAGAUUGGGAGAGCGGUGCAAAGAGGCUGUGCGAGAACGCUGAAAAGGGAAUCCUUUUAUACCUCGACGCCUGCGCACCAGAAGACGACGAAUGCGAAUGCGGGCCCGUCAUGGCAAGAAAGACUAUGGGGGAUUGGAGCCCGAAAAGGUGCCAAGUCUCUGAAACCAGAUGAUUUACCUUCGCGCGAUGAUGCAGACCAUGGUUCAUCCAUGUUCAACAAUCGCAGAAUCCUGUCUGCGAAGGCAGCGCUGGAGCCGCGACUACGAUGUACGGAGGUUGAUGAGAACGGCAAAGUGAUUCUAAUGGAUGGCGAGUUUAAAAAGACGGAACUGAUUGCAAAGUAUGGUUUACUGCCUCGCGAUUUGCGCAAAAUCGACUCGUCCAAUCUCCCCCACAUCCUCGUUCGCCCGUCAGCUAUCUUGCUGAACCUUUUACACCUAAGAGUCCUCAUCAAGCGUGACCGCGUGCUACUCUUUGACGUCUACGGCUCCAAGACGUCUUACCCGCAGUCUGCCUUUAUGUAUGACCUCCAGGGCAAGCUGCAGCAGAAACCGCCGCCUGGUGUGGCGGGGCUGCCCUACGAGUUCCGUGCUCUCGAAGCUGUGCUGACGUCGGUUACCUCUGAGCUGGAAGCGGACUUUGAAUCUGUGCGAGAGCCGGUUAUGCGCGUUCUUAGUGAGCUCGAAGACGACAUUGACCGGCAAAAGCUGCGUCAGCUUUUAAUCUUGUCCAAGAGAGUUAGCACAUUUGAACAGAAGGCCAAGCUGGUGCGGGACGCCAUUGAAGAGCUGUUGGAGGCGGACGAUGACUUGGCGGCCAUGUACUUGACAGAAAAAGUACAUGACUUGUACAGAAGCACCGACGACCAUACGGAGGUCGAGAUGCUGCUUGAGUCGUACCACAAGCUUGCAGAUGAAAUCGUACAAGAGGCCAGCAAUUUGGUGUCUGGCAUCCGGAACACGGAGGACCUUUCUCGAGCUAUUCUUGAUGCCAAUCGAAACGCUCUCAUGCUUCUGGAGCUCAAAUUCAGCAUCGGGACACUGGGGCUGGCAAUGGGCACAUUUAUUGCUGGGCUCUACGGCGCCAACCUGGAGAACUUUAUCGAAGAGACGAACUGGGGAUUUGGUGCGGUUACAGCUGUAUCGACCGUCUUUUCCCUCGUAGUCUGCUGGUACGGACUGGUUAGGCUGCGUAAGAUCCAGCGCAUCAAGAUGAUAGGCGGCGAGCGGCCGCGGCUGUCGCGGGGCCAACCAUACUACGACGACGGAGCUGCGCUUGGCAUCCUGGACUCGAGGAACAGGGAGCUGCUGCUGCGGGCGCACAUGCAAAAGGCGAUUAAUAACAGGAAGAAAUGGUGGUUCUCACGAUGA